CCUCCAUCCUCCGAGCCACCUCUGCAGUUUCUCAAACGCACACCCUAGCGCCCAUUCUCGACAGAGACGUGAAACUACAUCUCCCGACAGGCAGCGUCGUCCGCUUCCUUCCUCCCUCUCCCAGUCCGAGCCAUGGCAACGGAGUGACGUGAGGUACCGGGAGCUGUCGGAGCAGCGGUCGCGACUUUAGUUCUAGCCUACCCGACCUCUCCAGGCGGGAGCAGGGCGAGAGGAGUCGCAACCCUGUAUCGCUCCUGAUCUCGGGGGCCUGAACCCGCCAGGCGGCCUCUUGCUGCAGCUCCUCCCUGGAGCUAGGAGGACGCAGCCGGUAUCAGAGCCGAGAGGGCCAGGGAGGGUCGCGCGCAUGGCCUCCGCGGGCGCGCGGCGGCUCCCGGCCGGAACGCGCGCGGCAGCCCAUCGCUGCGGUGGCCUCGCGAUCCGCUCGGGCGCGCGCCCGGCCCCGCCCCGGAGCCCUCCGCGACCGCCGCGACCAAUGAGGUUUCUGAUCUCCUACAGCCUCCUUUUGCCCCGGGCUGCGCAUGUCUUGGCGGCUGAGUCUGGCUUAUCUCCCUGCCGUUCCUUCAUGGGCUUUGCUGCCCCCUUCACCAACAAGCGAAAGGCUUACUCUGAGCGCAGGAUCAUGGGGUACUCAAUGCAGGAGAUGUAUGAGGUGGUGGCCAACGUCCAGGAGUAUCGGGAGUUUGUGCCCUGGUGUAAGAAGUCUUUGGUGGUGUCCAGCCGUAAGGGUCACCUGAAAGCCCAGUUGGAGGUUGGCUUUCCACCUGUCAUGGAACGUUAUACCUCUGCGGUUUCCAUGGUCAAACCUCACAUGGUCAAGGCUGUUUGCACUGAUGGCAAGCUCUUCAACCACUUAGAGACUAUUUGGCGAUUCAGCCCUGGUAUUCCUACCUACCCCCGAACCUGCACUGUGGACUUUUCGAUUUCCUUUGAAUUUCGUUCUCUGCUGCACUCCCAGCUGGCUACCAUGUUUUUUGAUGAGGUUGUCAAACAGAAUGUUGCUGCCUUCGAGCGCCGGGCAGCCACCAAGUUUGGUCCAGAAACAGCCAUCCCCCGUGAACUGAUGUUGCAUGAAGUGCACCAGACUUGAGGCAAAGGAUUGUUCCCUAGCCUCUCCUCUACUCCCCUCCCCACCCAGUUCUCUUAUUUAUUUGGUUUGGCGCUUGCUCCAAUUUGAGAGGAGUCUGAGUUCAUAAUACUGUUCUUUGAAUUCCCUGGAAAUUGGGCUCUACAUUGGCUGGAAAUGCUGGGGGGAGGGGAGCAGGGGUUAUGAAAAUGAGGCACGCCUAGGAAAGGGUCAGGCUCAUCCUAAAAGCCCCAUAUGCCUGCAGCCUUUUCAUACUGAACUAGAAUCAGGACUGUGUGGUUGUCUCUGGGCCCUGUCAGAGCACCUCAGUGUCUGACCAGGGGAAAAUAGCAACUUUUCUAAGAAUUGAAUAAGUUGAGCUUUUCCUCUGGCACAGAGGUACUGGUGAUCAUGUUUGCCCUGCCUCAGAGUCCUCAGGAGAAAAGGCAACCUACCCCCAGCUUGAAAUCCAUAUAGCCUCACUUUAAGAAUAUUUCCAUGCUGCCUGGAUAGUAGAGAGCAGGGGGCUUUCUUACCAUGUCACAGGGCCGAAGAGAAAAAAAGCACUGAACAAAGUUGUCUUUGUGUUCUUGGGUUGUACCUUAUCCUUCCACUUGGCCUGAGUUUUUAUAAAAUUUCAAUAAACUGUGACAGUGUGAA